AUGAAUCCAGGAAUCAUUCUUUUGACUCUUAUAACGACCCUUGAUGCCUUUUCUUUCGGAGUGCAGCGGCAUGAAACGAAUCAACGAUGCAAUCAGCGCUGCCAGCGAUCCUCCAACCCCUGGUCCGUCAAAAGCCUCCGACUCCAUCUUUCAAAAAAGCUGCAAAUCCACCCAAGCGACAUUAAAAUUCCCGGCGCUUUCGGCAUUCUAGACAUUGGCUCCUGCGCUGGAACUUGCAGAAAUGGCGGACAAUGCCAUCCGGCCUCGAGAACGCCGAUCAUUUUCGAGGUUUUCGGAAAGCCAUUCACGAGCGAGGAAUAUUUCAUCAUUGACAGCUGCUCCUGUGUUUCUGAACUGCAUAAUCCCCAGACUUGUAAUUGA